UAGCAGUGGGGCGUAGCUCACAGGAACGCGCCACACACUAAUAGAAAGUGCAAGAAACAGUGUGACCGGUUUCCACCUGGAAGAGUUUGUGAUCUGUUUUUGCUAGAUCUUUGUAAACGUGUCCCUUUCAGGGUCAGAAAGAAGCUGCCGAGUUGUCAUUCUGCCCCAGCAGUGCGAGAUAAGAGAGAUAUUUAGUCAAUGAAGAGGCGGAGCCAGAGGAUGGGUCGGUCAGCGAGUAGUUCAGAUGGACAAGAUUGUCCAGGUCUGCCUGUUGCUGUUAUCGAGAAGAUCAUUCUGAACCUCCCCACUGACCAGGCUCUGCGUGUGUGCCGCCUGGUGUGUCACGAGUGGAAGGAGGUGGUGGACAGCGCUUCAUUCUGGAGAGAGAAGUGCCGCAGAGAAGGGCUGAAACCCCGCACCGUUGACAGAAGCGCCAGAGACUGGCAGCUCUUCUACUGGCUGUGUAAAAAACGAAGGAACCUUCUGAAGAACCCCAAAGCCGAAGAGAAUUAUAGAGGCUGGGACAUCAUAGAAAGUGGAGGGGACAAGUGGAAUAUAGAAGGAAUUUUGGCACCUCAUCCGGAUGAAACAGUAACAAAAUGCUUUGUUACCUCUUACUUCCCAUGUAUGAAGAGGCAGCUGAUCAACUUGCAACAAGAGGGAUACAGUCCUGCGCUCCUUGAUGAAAUGCAGCCUGACAUCAUCAUAUCAGAUUGGUAUGCUCCGAGGUGGGACUGUGGUAGUGAAUAUGAGAUCUGUGUAGAGUUGCUCAAUCACAAGAAGAAGGCGAUUCAAACCUUCCAACCUGAGCCCGUCACCUUUCCACAGUGGAAUGAUCAGCAGUGGAACCAGGUGAGUCAUGUCUUCAGUGACUAUGGACCAGGAGUUCGCUAUGUCCAGUUCACUCACGGCGGGAGAGACAAAAUGGGCUGGGCUGGCUGGACCGUGCUCUCUUUUGGCCUUAUUCAUUGUGGUGGCAGUUCAUUGUCGACACUCAACUGUGCUCUUACUCAAGGGACCUCACACUGAUGCUUCUGUUAUUGCACUAAACAUCACUGUCUGAACAUCGGCUAUCUGUUUCAUCUUUCCUAUGUAUAGAAUAUUCAGUG